AUGCAUCGGUUACCUACCAAGUUGGAAUUGCAAAAAAGAGAUAUAGAUGUCGGGGACGCAUGGUGCGAUCUCUGUGAAGACGGAUUGGAUUCAACUUUGCACUUAUUCACAGAAUGUAAGUUUGCUAUGGAAGUUUGGCAUAGGAUUGGGACGUGGUGUCGGCUCCCGCCGAUCUUCGCUUUUGACGUUCGGGAUUUAUUAUGCUUAUUCAAAGACGCCGCUGGAGGUAAGCAAGGUAAAAGAAUAGUCCAAGGAAUUGUCAUUGUAGCACUGUGGUGUAUUUGGUUAGCCCGUAACGAGAAGAGUUUCAACCAAAGGGAGGUAAAGGAAAACAAUAUUGGAGGAACUCUUAUCACAUUGCAAUAUAACAAUUAG